GGAACAUUCUCUUCACUGUGCGUGGAUGAGUGUCGGUUAAAUGUGUGUGUGUGUGUGUAAUCUGCCUCCUCUCGUGUUGAUGUCGACGCGCCGGAGAUCGACUGUGGCUGGCGAAUAAACGGGGCAAAACUAAAAUAAAAAAAAAUAAAAAAUACACCUUCAGAAGGACCGCAGCACGGCUGACCCCCCGAGCCACAACCGACCAUGAGCCUGCCUCGGCCGGACGAGUUCAAGCCUCCUCCGGAGUGCCCGGUCUUCGAGCCCAGCUGGGAAGAAUUUCGAGAUCCGUAUGCUUUCAUCAACAAGAUCCGGCCCAUCGCGGAGAAGACGGGGAUCUGCAAAGUCCGGCCGCCGCCGGACUGGCAGCCACCAUUUGCCUGCGAUGUUGACAAGCUUCACUUUGUUCCUCGGAUCCAGCGGCUCAAUGAACUGGAGGCACAGACGAGGGUCAAGCUCAAUUUCUUGGACCAGAUUGCCAAAUUUUGGGACCUGCAGGGAUGUACCCUGAAGAUUCCUCACGUGGAGAGGAAGAUUUUGGACUUAUAUCAGCUGAACAAGCUCGUCGCAGAUGAGGGCGGAUUCGACAUCGUCUGCCAGGACAGGCGCUGGACGAAGAUUGCGGUUCAAAUGGGCUUCUCUCCCGGCAAAGCCGUCGGCUCACACCUGCGAGGGCAUUACGAAAGAAUCCUCUAUCCCUACAAUCUGUUUCAGAGCGGAGCUAACCUGCUGGCACAAGAACCAGCUUCCAAACUGAUGCGUUUGGAGGCUGAUCCUGAACUUGAAAAGUGCGUUCAGAAGCCGGCCCAGCCAGCAGAAGACGUGGACGGCAUUGAGCCAAAGCUGCAGGAGCCGAUUCAGAGACCGCCGGCCCCCGCGCCGGACGCCUCCCCCGGUGCUCGCCGAGCCAAGCGCAUGAAGAUGGAGACGAGCUGUGUAAAGAUCGAGUCAGGUGAGACGGGCGACACCAAGCCCAAUCUGAGGAGGAGGAUGGGCUCUAUUGUUGUCAAGCAAGAACCAGAAAAACCGAUUCCCAUCGUAGUGAAACAGGAACCAGUUGAGUUUAAGGAACCAAUAAUCGAGGCAGACAAGUUCAAGUCACGCUACAAGAAGAUGAUUCCUCUGAUUUCUCCAAGUCCAAUCUGGGAUUCAGUUCAUAUGUUUCCCUUUGUAACUCAGGUGGAUCUGGUGGUGUGUCUGGUGUGUGGCAGCGGGGGGGACGAGGACCGCCUGCUGCUGUGCGACGGCUGUGACGACAGCUACCACACCUUCUGUCUGAUCCCUCCGCUCCACGACGUCCCCAAAGGAGACUGGAGGUGCCCCAAGUGUCUGGCUCAGGAAUGCAGCAAACCUCACGAGGCCUUCGGGUUUGAACAGGCGCACAGGGACUAUUCUCUGCGCGCGUUCGGGCAAAUGGCAGACGCGUUCAAAUCAGACUACUUCAACAUGCCAGUUCACAUGGUGCCCAUGGAGCUGGUGGAGAAGGAGUUCUGGCGCCUGGUUGGAGCCAUUGAGGAGGACGUUACAGUCGAGUACGGAGCUGAUAUUGCCUCGAAGGAGUUUGGGAGCGGGUUCCCCAUCCCUAAUGGGAAGUUGAAGGUUUCCCCAGCAGAUGAGAAAUACCUGCAGUGCGGCUGGAAUCUGAACAACCUGGCAAUGAUGAACCCGUCGGUGCUGACUCACGUGACAGCGGACAUCUGCGGGAUGACGCUGCCCUGGCUUUACGUCGGCAUGUGCUUCUCCUCCUUCUGCUGGCACAUCGAGGAUCACUGGAGCUACUCCAUCAACUACCUGCACUGGGGAGAACCUAAGACGUGGUACGGCGCUCCGGGUUUCGCCGCCGAACAGCUGGAGAAGGUGAUGAAGAAGCUGGCUCCGGAGCUGUUUGAGUCUCAGCCUGACCUGUUGCACCAGCUGGUCACCAUCAUGAACCCCAACACACUGAUGGCGCACGGAGUCCCGAUUUACAGAACGAACCAGUGCGCCGGCGAGUUUGUCAUCACGUUUCCCCGAGCGUACCACAGCGGCUUCAAUCAGGGCUUCAACUUUGCCGAGGCGGUUAACUUCUGCACCGUGGACUGGAUGCCUCUCGGCCGGCAGUGUGUGGACCACUACCGUCUGCUGCAUCGGUACAACGUCUUCUCCCACGACGAGAUGGUGUGCAAUAUGGCCACCAAGGCAGCCACCCUCAAUGUGGUCUUGGCCUCAGCCGUCCACAAGGACAUGGCCCUCAUGAUCAAAGAAGAGCAGGAACUGAGGGACAAAGUCAAGAAAAUGGGGGUUGUGAAUUGCAAGGAGGCAAAAUAUGAUCACCUCCAAGACGAUGAGCGGCAGUGUGCCAAGUGCAGGACCACCUGCUACCUCUCGGCCAUCACCUGCCCCUGUAGCCCGGGCGUCCUGGUCUGCCUCUACCACAUCAACAACCUCUGCUCCUGCCCCGUCUCCAGCUACGUACUCAACUACAGAUACACCAUGGAUGACCUGUUCCCCAUGAUGAACGCUGUGAAGCAGCGAGCCGAGCUGUACGAUGAAUGGGCCUGUCGCGUGACCGAGACCCUGGAGGCCAGGCUGGAAAAGAAAAAGGGUCUACCGGUGUUUCGCUCCCUCCUCGCUGAGUCGGAGUCCCAGCUGUUCCCCGACAACGACCUGCUGCGGCGGCUGCGUCUUGUCACGCAGGAUGCGGAGAAGUGCGCCUCGGUGGCUCAGCAGCUGCUGAACGGCAAAAAGCAGACCAGGUACCGGUGUGGCAGCGGAAAGUCACGCAGCCAGCUAACGGUGGAAGAGCUCAGCUCCUUCGUGAGGCAGCUGUACAACCUCUGCUGCAGCCUCCCGCAGGCGCCUCAGCUGAAGGAGCUCUUGAAUCGUAUCGAAGACUUCCAGCAGCACAGCGAGAAGGUCCUAGGAGAGGAAUCUCCCAGCGUGGCAGAGAUCCAGAGCCUCUUAGACGUCAGCUUUGAUUUCGACGUGGACCUGCCGGAGCUGCCGCAGCUGAGGGAGAGGCUGGAGCAGGCCCGCUGGCUGGAGGCGGUGCAGGAGGCCGGCUCCAAGCCCGCCACGCUCACCCUGGAGGCCAUGAGGAGACUCAUCGACCAGGGAGUGGGCUUGGCCCCGCAUCCGUCCGUGGAGAAAGCCAUGGCACGCCUUCAAGAGCAGCUCACUUUGUCCGAGCACUGGGAAGAUAAGGCGAGCAGCCUGCUGAAGGCCAGACCGCCCCACUCUAUGGAGACGCUUAGCGCUGCUGCUGAAAAGGCCUCUGUAAUCCCAGCUUACCUCCCAAACUGUCUGCUCCUCCAAGACACCAUCAGGAAAGCACAGGAGUGGCUUCAAGAAGCCGAGGAGCUUCAGGCCAGCGGCUGUGUGAUGACGGCGGAUGGUCUCUCUGACAUGGUGCUACGAGGACAGGCCAUCCAAGUGCAGCUGGAGCCCUUGGAGAGGCUGGAGUCUCUGAUGGCAGACGUGCAGAAGUGGAAAGAAUCUGCAGCAGCAACUUUCCUGCUAAAGGAUUCAACUCUUACUCUGCUAGAGGUCCUGUGUCCAAGACUUGAAGUUGGAGCUGCCGGUUCCCCGAAGAGGAAGGCCAAGAAGGGGAAAGAAUCCCUGAAGAACAACCGAAAGAAACCUGGACGGUUUAGCUCUGUGGGCGACGUGGAAAAAGCUCUUUCAGACACCAAGGACUCCACCUCUGCAAUGGCGACCCUGGAGGAGCUGCGCGUGAGGGAGAUGGAGACCUUCUUUAAUCUCAGGGCGGCGAACGAGUCCAAGCUCCUUCCCACGGCGGACUGCAUGGACCUGAAGGUGUGCUUCUGCCAGAAGGCGCCCAUGGGGGCGAUGCUGCAGUGCGAGCUCUGCAGGGACGCCUUCCACAGCGUGUGCGUCCGGGACCCGGCCGGCUCGUGCGACGCCCAGCCGUGGCUCUGCCCGCGCUGCCAGCGCGCGGAGAAACCCCUGCUGGGCAAAGUCCUCGCCCUGCUGGCGUCCCUGCAGGGCGUAGGCGUGCGUCUGCCAGAGGGCGACGCUCUGAACUAUCUGGUAGAGAGGACACUUAGCUGGCAGCAGCGAGCGCAGCAGACUUUACAGACGUGUCACCUGCCGGAGUUAGAGGAGAGACCGGAAACCCCUCCGACACUAACCCACUGGGUGUCAGGCUGCGACAACACUCACCACAACACUCAGGCGCCGUGUUUGACUCCAGAAUGGAACCGGAUAAGCCACGCUCAGACCGUCUUUUACACCGAGCAGAGAUGCAUCCCCCUGCAGGGCUUGACCAGCGAGCUGGAAGAGCUGAUGGUGGAGGGGCUCCUGCUGCAGGUGUCUGUGCCUCAGGUCCACAGCCUGUACCACGUGUUGUUGGACCGAGCCAACAGCCAGCACACCAACAGACCCGCGUCGCCAGCAGAGGAGGAGCCCUCAGCCCACGGCAAACACAUGCAGUUCAUCUCUCAGGGAACAAACAUGGCACUAAACCAGGAGGGCAGCGACGGCACGAGGGACACCCUGACUGCCUCGGAAAGGAAAGCAAAGAGGCGUCUGGGGCGGGACGGCUUACCGGACGCUGAGCGCCGGGGGAAAGACAAAAAACACUCUCACAAAAGACAAAAGGUGAACAAAAAGGAGCCCCAGCGGAGGCCGGCUUCUACCUCAUCCUCCCCGCGCUCUGACUUCUCCCAGUCUGACGACUCUGAUGAGGAAAUGGCUGCGUGUCCUGCUGAAAGCUGCCUCCUGCCAGAAGGAGAUGAGGUGGAUUGGGUCCAGUGUGACGGCAGAUGCAACCAGUGGUUUCACCAAGUCUGUGUCGGCGUCACGCCGGAGAUGGCCGAGAAGGAGGAUUACGUUUGUGUCGGGUGUGCGCUGAGCGAUCGGCAGAUGAGAAAGUGAAGAAAAGGAGUUUUUAAACAUUUUUUUAAUUUUCUUUUGGGAAGUCUGCAGGUCCUCGGUCCGUUCCUGUAGCCUGGCGUCAGGCUGUGUCACUUGAUCCCGUUCCCCUCCUUCCCCACACAGUCCCACCUGUCUGACCCUUUUGUAACAAUGGUGCUAUCUCCUCUUUGACCUGUCGUCCAGGACUAUAAUGUUUAGUUGUUUUUUUUUUGUAUUUUUACAUAUAUUAUAUGUAUAUUUCUUUCUUAUAAAUUGUUUGCGGUUGUCUAAAUGGAAAAAAGAAACACAGGACGUUAAGUGUGCUGCAUGGGUCUGCAUUUCAUCAGCACAAAGGAGUCUUACACCACGAUACCCCAAGUAAAAAAGCGCUAAGGAUUAAAAUUUAUCUUCUUUGAUGCCUCUUUGCAUGUUUCACAGAGUUAUGGGGAAAUUAGUUUUUAACCCCCGUUAAAACCCCUCAAAAUAACUAUGAUAGCUUUUUUUUUUUUUUCUUUCAUCUUCGGUGUUUAGUCAAUGCAUCUUAAUAUAAUUAUCCCCGUUUUUGUUUUGUAGAUUAGGUUUUAUUUAUCUGAGCAAUAAUUUUAUUUUCUCGGAAAUGACUUUGAUGGCUUGAUCUCUGCGAAUUUGUGUUUUAGCGAUGAUGUUGAUGUGAUGUAAAGAAAGUUACACGGGAGGACGGACGGACGGACGGGUUACGGCUGCAGAGACGUACCGGAGCACGCUGAAGGAAAAAAACAAACAAAACAAAAAGAAACUCCCUGCUGACAUGCAGAUCUGCAGGAUGGUAACCCAGCAUACCAUACAGAGGAAACGUGAAGAUGUUACAAGUUUAUAUUGUGGAAUAAAGCCCCUUUGUUCUAUGGA